CAUUUGUUUACUAGCCAGAAGAUAUCCUUUCCCAAAUAAUUAAAAGGAAUUCGGAUGUUAAAUAACUUUUAUAUUUUUAUAAAAACAAUUCAGAUUUGCAAUGAGUGAAAGCAUAGAAAACACAGAAUCCCAACAAAACAAUUAUGUUUAUGGAGGAUUCCAAAGAGUCAGUUCGUACGAUCCAAAUAUGUGUACAACUGCAGCUCGUUUUAGUCCAUUUUAUGAUAAGACUAAUGUACCACAUUCAAAUGAAGAAAACAACCCUAUCACUUAUAAUGAAAACCUUCCAAAUGUAAUAUCCCAUCACAAUCAUCAUCAAAAUGAUGAUAAUGUACUUAGAGCUGCUAAAAUCCUCAAUCACUUUGUGGAUGCAUCAAAAGUUGUCGAUAGCUCUUAUUUGGCAUACAAUAAUGAACUUCCAAUUGAAACACAUCAAAGUGCAAAUCGACCAGAAGUAAUGGUUAUCAAUGAAAUGCCUAAUUCAGUCCCAAAUGAUGGUACUGGAGGCGGGGUAGAACUUGAUUAUAUUCAUGGUAAUGAUGAAGAGACUGGUGAACCGAUAGCAACAAGUGUUGUCAUGCAUCGUUCACCAAAUGGUCAUUUAUAUCAGAACUUUUAUGUGACAAAUGAAGAUGGAAAUCCGGAGGAAAUUGUCGAACUUAUUCCAAUUGAUCCAGGUGAUGUUACACAUUUAGUUGAUGCAGCAGCUGCCGUGGAAGGCGAUAACUAUACAUUGCAGCCAUAUGAUGAAUUUCCAAAUGAAAGUCAUAUGGAUGCAAUUGAAUCGCAUGUUGAAUAUGAAGAGAAUCAAGAGCAAAUAAUAUCAACGGAUAUGCUUAGCAGGGAACAACAGAGAAUAUUAUUAGAGAGUACUAUGUCACCAUUGCUUGCUGCGGUAAAUGAUAUCACACAAAGAGAUAAACAUUUUUUAUCCUGUCUUAAUCAACAAAGUAUAGAUGAAGAACAGCAUGCUGAUAACUACGCUAUCAAUACGAGCGCACAGAAAACUGAUUCAUCAGAAGAUGAUGAUGAUGAUGACGACUACAUUCUUGUUCCAGAUAAAACCAUUGAGAGUCGAGCAAGAGCCACACUUCCCACAAAUUAUCUAUACCUUGGUCCAAUCAACUCUGAUACAAACGAACCUUCCGUUUAUGCUGUAAAAAAAAUUCUUCAAAGAACCAAGUUUGGUCCGUUCCAGGGAGAAAUUCGUUUUACUAACGAUAUUUAUCUAAACAUACUGAGAUCUCAAGAACCACGUCACUAUCCCCUCCUAUUGGUUGGAAAGUCCAGAAUUCUAAUCGUUACAAAUGAAAAUACUUCCAAUUGGAUGCGAUUUGUUCGUCUAGCCAAAACAUUUGCCGAACAAAAUUUACAAAUUAUCGAAGAAAAUGAUCGAAUAUUUUUCAAAUGCAAUCGUGAUAUCGCCCCCAAAGAAGAACUUCGUGUUGGCUAUCACAAUGCUUAUGCGGAAAAAUAUAAUUUGCCAAUACUCAGUCCAUCCAUGGAAGACACACAAAAGAAAUACGAAUCUGAUAAUCCAUGGAUGUGUUUUGAAUGUGAUCAAAGAUUUCCAACUUCUCAAGAAAUGCAAUCACAUUUGAAAGUGCAUGAUUUAGAAGAUGCUUCAUGUAUUAUAUCGAAAAGGAAAAUCAAACGAAAACGGACAAAGAAAUUUAGGAAAAUAUCAGAAUUACCAAAGAAUUCGAGUAGAUGUUUGAUUUGUUUUAAAGUCUUUAUGACAAAUGCAAGUUUGAAGAAGCACUUUGCCUUGCAUAUAGCUGCUAAUAAGACUGCUAAAACUAAACCGGCAAAACCAGCAAAACAAAAACGAUCGACACAUAAGUGUCCUUUGUGUUCGAAAAGAUUUUUGUCUGAAAAUAAACUUAAGUUGCAUCGCCGAACCCACUCGAACAUCGAUAAGCCACAUAAGUGCCCUCACUGUGAUCAGCAUUGUGCAACCCCAACUGCUCUAGCGGCUCAUGUUCGUAGUCAUACAAAUCGCCUUUAUUCGUGUGUAUUUUGCCAAGAAACUUUUAAAUAUGUUGUGGACUUUAAAAAGCACGUUCUUAGGCACAAAGUUGAUGGCUUCUUUGUGUGUUUUCAUUGUAAAAAGAAUUACAAAGAAUAUCACAUUGUUCGUAGGCAUAUACGAAUCUUCCAUCCGGCUUUGAAAUACCCCUGCAACGAAUGCGAUCGUUUGUUCCUUCAUCUCAGCUACUUGCGGCGUCAUAAAGCCACUCAUGGCAAGAAGAAAACUAUCCCGUGUUUGGAGUGCCCCCAACAAUUUCAGAAGAGAAGUGAACUCAAUAAUCAUGUGAAGACUUUUCACAAAGGAAAAACGAAAAGAAAAACCAAAAAGUCACGAAUUGGAAAGAAAGAAAAAUCUUCUGAAAAAAAUGAUGAUUCAGAGAAUCUUAAGUUAACUCCUUCGAAGAAACUUAAAUCAUCUAAGACCUCUCCGGUUAAGUCACCAGAAGUGAUAGCAGAAAGCUACUAUCACUCUCAAUUCAAAUGUGAACCUUGUAAACUGGGUUUUAAGCGACGAGGAAUGUUAGUCAAUCAUUUGGUGAAACGACACCCUGAACAGAAUAUCGAUUCCAUAGAAGAGUUGAAUCAACCAAUUGUGAAAAUUCAAACAAUGUUCAAGUGUCCCCAUUGUCCGAAGCUAUACAAGAACAAUGCAAAACGAAAAGGUCAUAUAUUGAAGAAUCAUCCGGGUUUGGAGAUUCCAGCAUCUUUUCGUAAGAAACCUGUUUUAAUUGAUCCUAAUGUCCAAACGGUAGGAUGUAUUAAGACAGACAUACAAAAAUGUCAUUUGUGUUAUAAACAAUAUGUCUCAAGAUUGCGUCUAGUCACACAUUAUCGAAAAGCUCACAUGAACGAAAGAAUACCAGAAAUUAAAAAUGAAAACUUUUCAAGUCAAAAUUUAAUUGAAGAACCUUGCAUGGAGCCGGUAAUGGAUAUUUACAGACAACCACCUGUCUCACCGGAAAAUAAACUUUUGAAGCUUUCUUCAGCAGCUUUGGAAUUGUCUAGCAUUGAAGAUAGAAAAUAUUUUGAUUUUCUUAAUGAAAGAUCAGAUACAACAGAUAUUGUUGGUGGGAAUAGAAAUAGUUAUAAAAUUAUUGAGGAGAAUGAAUUUGUUGAGAGUUCAUCGAAUGUAGAAUUGAAUCGAUUACCUGAAUUAUUUGAAGAGUCAAUAGCUUGUAUUUAGAAAGAAUAGUUAAAUGUUAUUUAUUUGUUAACACAUUUUUUAUAUAAAAUAAUCUGAAAGGAAAGAGUAUUUGGUUUUAAUAUCACUAAUCUCAACUUUAUGAUUGGUCUAAACAAUAUCUGCGUUGAAAAAAAAAGUACAAAAGGGAUCAAGCCGGCUGGAGAUGCUUGUUGGCUGAGAUCGUUUUGAACUUUGCUUAAUGAGUCACAUUAUAAGAAAGUGGGUAAGUACUCAAAAAUACUAUCAUAUUACCUUUUAAUCAAUGUUUAAGAAAUAUAAACUUUGAUUUGAAACACAAAAGAAGAUACGCAAUAUUGCGUGCUUUCCAACAUAAAAGUAAAUAGUUUAAAACUACAAUUAAAGGCUAAAAUGAAAUUGUUAAGGUUUUAAGGAGCAUGUUGACAAAAUUAAAAAAAGUGGGGCUAAACUAUUGCUCAAUUUAGGAUUUCAUUAAGUUAAAACACUUCUCCAAAAGUAUAACCGACGGAUCUUUUGCUCAAUUGGACAAACAGUUAAGAAGAGGUAGAAUCAUUUCGAUGCUAUAUAAAAUUCAAGCAUGGCUCUGGCUUUAGAGCAACUAAGAAUUAAUUCCUGAAGUAAUUCAUGUCUAAAUUUAAUGCUGAAAUCUGCCCUAAAAAGAUUUUCUACAUCAAAUUUUUGGUCAAACUUAGCAAUCACAACUGCAAACUGCUUUGCCAAUCAUCAACAUAAGUUUCCGAAAGAUUAAGGGAAGAUUCUGUAGCUAUAGCGAGUUGUUUCCAGUCUUUGAAUGGAGAUGCAUUCGAUUG